CCAACACAAAUGCGACGAGCUUCAUGUGACAGAUGACGAAGAACUUUAUAUCAAUCUCUACACCCUGCUACACAGCCAAGUGUUCUGCGAAAUAAACAUUUAUAAUUGCGUUUCGUGAUCGUCUCAUUGCACGGCUGUUUUUAUCUCCGCCGAGUCUCUUUGUUGAAAGUCGCCUUCUGCGCCAGUGUGUGUAAAGGCUGCACUUUCGACGGGACGUUAUUUUAUCUGCUAUUAUAAUUAUCCGCAUCAUUCGUUUCAGAAAAAUGAACCCAAUCACUUUCUUCGUUGCAUGCCUGUUGGCCCUCUGCGGCGCCGUCGCGGCCGACACUUGCUACCAGGACGUGUCGCUCGACUGCUCGCAAGUCUCCAACAGCCUAAUGGGAAAACGAUCCCUGCCGAACUGUAACGCGGUGUACGCUGAGUACGGGCACCACGGGAACGUCGCCAAGGAGAUGCAGGCGUACGCCGCCCUGCACCUGGAGAGGUCUUACGAGUACCUGCUGUCUUCUUCAUACUUCAACAACUACCAGACGAACCGAGCCGGGUUCAGCAAGCUGUUCAGGAAGCUCUCGGACGACGCGUGGGAGAAGACCAUUGACCUCAUCAAGCACAUCACUAUGAGAGGUGACGAGAUGAACUUCGCUCAACGUAGCACCCAGAAGUCGGUGGACCGCAAGAACUACACUGUGGAGCUGCACGAGUUGGAGUCAUUAGCAAAGGCGCUCGACACACAGAAGGAGCUCGCCGAGCGCGCCUUCUUCAUCCACCGCGAGGCCACCAGGAACAGCCAGCACCUGCACGAUCCUGAGGUUGCCCAAUACCUGGAGGAGGAGUUCAUCGAAGACCACGCCAAGACCAUCCGCAACCUGGCCGGUCACACCACCGACCUCAAGCGGUUCGUUUCGGGCGACAAUGGCCAGGACCUGUCCCUCGCCCUGUACGUUUUCGACGAGUACCUACAGAAGACCGUUUAAACAACAGGGUGCUCCAUUAUAGUACACACUAUCUAUCAUUUUAGUGUUAUGUUUAAAUAAAGGCUGUAAAAUCUAAAGGCCGUUUAUAAGUUAAAAUCAUAAAUACUCUGUGUGCUAUUAUUGUAGCUUGUAUAAAUGGAAACAAGCUUUACAGUAAGAUCUUGUAAUGGCAACAUUAUUUGCUGAUUUAAAUAUAGUAGAAAGCAUCUACCUAUCAUUAGCAUUUUGUUUUAUAUGGUAACAUUGUUUAUAUAUGUACAAACUACAGGCUGUUAAAUUGUGAUUCGUUAGGCCCGUUUAAGUAUAUAAAAUGUUUAAGUACGUAGUAAUGUUACUGGUAGAAUAUGUUCAAUUAUUUUCAAAUAAAUGAUUCAAAUCCA